AUGUUUGUAUGUGUAAUCGAUUUAUUUGAGAUUCUAACAAAUAAUUCAUUAACGGGUUUAAUCACAUUAAAUUACUUUCGGCAACAUUUGAUGAAGCGUUAUCAAAGUGAAGCAGUACAACAACGACUUAAACUUCUCUUCGAUGUUCUUCUUCGUGGUUUCAGUUCAUUUGUAAAUCAUUAUACAAAUGAAAUAACAUGGUUAAAAGCUCGUCUCGAAUCAUUGCACCCCGAUAAUUUGGAUGAACAACGAAUUUUGCAAAAGGAGUUAAAAAUAGCAGAAGAGAAUGAACAGCUUUAUGCGAAACAUGCAGAUCAAAUUGCGAAACUUCGUGAUCAAUAUCUUGGGCAGAUUACUGUUUACAACAAUUUGAAGGGUAUGUUUUGCCCUUAUUCUCCAUUAUUAAUCAGGUUAAUUAAUUUCUUCAGUAACUUGAAAAAAAAAAUAAUUGGACAAAAAAAGAAGGUCAGGCAAACAGAUAGAUAA